AUGUUAUGCAAUAGACUUAACCUUGUUCUUCCUGCUUUGAUUAGCCAAAAUCAAGGGGCGUUCAUUAAGAAUAGGUUCCUUGCCCAUAACGUUCUUAUUCUUCAAGAUUUGUUAAAAGGUUAUAAUAGGAGAAAUGUUUCUCCUCGUUGCAUUAUGAAGAUAGAUAUAAGCAAGGCUUAUGAUUCAAUAGAUUGGAAUUUUUUGGAAAAUCUUCUUAAUGCUUUGUGCUUUCCUAAGAGAUUUAUUAAAUGGAUUAUGGUUUGUCUCAAAGGUUCUUCUUAUGCUUUGGUGUUGAAUGGUAGCAUUCAAGGGAGGUUCCAAGGUGCUAGAGGGAUUAAACAAGGAGACCCAAUCUCUCCUCUUUUGUUUGUAAUAGUGAUGGAUUAUUUAACUAGAUUGCUGUUAAAGACUUCUAGGGAGAAAGAGUUCAAGUUUCAUCCCUUAUGGGGUCUGGUUGAAGGGGAGGAGGACAGUUUGCUGCAAGAUUGUUGUCUCCAAGAAGGGCAGUUUCCCUUGAGGUAUUUGGGUAUUCCCUUGAGACCUACUAAAUGGAGGGCUUGUGACUGUGUUAUCCUGAUUGAUAAGGUGAGAGCUCAAUUGAAAGGGUGGUCUAGUCGCCACUUAUCUUAUGCAGGCCGGGUUCAGUUGAUAAACUCAGUUUUGUUGGGCAUUCGUUCUCAUUGGAUGAAUGUCUUUAUCUUACCUCAAAAAGUGGUGAAAGCCAUUGAUAGUUUGUGUUUGAAGUUCCUGUGGGGUGAGAAAGAUAACAGAAGUAAAAUGCAUAGGAUUUCUUGGGAGCAUGUGUGCAGACCGAAAUGUUAUGGAGGGUUGGGGUUCAAAGAUAGUGCUUCAUGGAACAAAGUUAUGAUGGUUAAGUACAUUUGGGCUAUUACUUCAAAGCAAGACUUGUUAUGGGUGAAAUGGGUUAAUGGUAUCUAUCUAAAGGGUGUUUCAAUUUGGGAUUAUAGUCUGAAGCAGGACACCAGCUGGUACUGGAGGAGGAUCAUCAAGCUAAGUCACAUUUGGUCUGAUGCUGUGAUGAAAACAGCAACUAGAAAUGGGAGAAUCCAUAUGAGCACUUUGUACUCGUUAGUUUCCUGGAGAGCUGGUGCAUUAUGGAAAGUGCUUCUUGCUGUCCAGACUUGGCUGAGAGGUUUUUCUUGGCCAGUUAAGUUCAGGGAGUGGAUCAAGUGGCUGGCAGUGCCUCAGGAUGGCUGGUUCUCUUUGAUGCUUCAUGCAGCUUGCGCAGCAGCGGUGUACCAUAUUUGGUUGAAUAGGAAUCAAUGA